AUGAACAAUUUUUUGAAGGCUUUGUCACCUAAAAACAAGUCUAAAAAUGAAGAGAAACCAAAAGAGAUGAGCAAAGCAUUGAAAAAGGCUUUGAUACUCCUGCAGGAAUCAUCUCCGGAACAACAUUUCUUGUUGAAAGAUUUGGUAUCGGCAGACUUGGGCCAAUCGCACUUGUUGGAUCCUUUUGAGGCUAUUGUCGACGACGAUGAUAAGUUUUCCACCAAACUCAAGGCAAUGAUGAGUCAAUUGGAAGAACUGGAUGGUGCCUACCCAGGAGGACUCAAGGAAUACGUCCACAAGGCCAAGAAACUGUUGGCCAAUUCGAAGGCUGGAUUGAAUCCGUUGGCUGGUUGGGCUCCCAGUGUUCCAGCUGGAGAGAAGUUUGAAUUGGGAACAGAGGAAUAUAAAUCUACUGAAGCUUUGGGAAUGGAAACUCUCGGAAAGGUUGGCUUUGUUCUCGUCGCUGGGGGGUUGGGUGAACGAUUGGGAUACAAUGGAACAAAGAUCGGAUUGCCAAUCGAGACGACGACAAACUCCACCUAUUUGCAAUAUUACGUUGACUACAUAAAGGCCGUCCAAAGCAAGUAUGCCAAAGGUGGUCUCCUUCCACUUUGCAUCAUGGUCUCGAAUGAUACAAAGAAGCCAACCAUUCGACUUCUUGCAGAAAACAACAACUUUGGUUUGGUUCCAGAGCAACUCUUCAUUGUCGAGCAAGGAGCUGGAGUGCCUGCUCUUUCGGACAACAAUGCCAAGUUUGCCACAGAUUCUGACGAUCCAUUCACGUUGUCCACUAAGCCACAUGGGCACGGAGACAUUCAUUCCUUGCUUUACAAGGAAGGAGUUAUUAGCAAAUGGAACGAAAAAUUUGACCUGGAUUACAUGGUUCUAUUUCAGGACACUAAUGGACUAGCAUUCCACACUCUUCCUUUGAUGCUUGGUGUUUCCAAGAAGAAUGGGUUCGUCAUGAACUCUCUUGCUGUCCCACGAAAGGCCAAGCAAGCCGUUGGGGGAAUCGCCAAGCUGACUAAUACUUCGUCGGGUGCUGUACGAACCAUCAAUGUCGAGUACAAUCAACUAGAUCCUCUUUUGAGAUCGACUAAAAAAUUCCAAAAGGGAGAUGUCAACGACGCCUCAGGAUUUUCUCCUUUCCCCGGAAAUAUCAACCAGCUGGUCUUCCAAAUGGAGGGUUACUCCAAAGUUUUGGAAAGGACCAAAGGUAUCAUGCCUGAUUUUGUUAAUCCAAAGUACAAGGACGAGUCCAAAACCGUCUUCAAGAAACCCACUCGUUUGGAGUGUAUGAUGCAAGACUUCCCCACCGUGAUGGAAGGAGGUGAAACCGCUGGAUUCACCCAAAUCGGACCGGAGCUGUGCUUUUCACCGGUCAAAAACUCGGUUCCGGAUGGCGUCAAUUUGCAAGCAAAGGGGACGCCGGCAGGUACAGCCGCGACUGGAGAAGCUGACCAAUACGCUGCUACUCGUAUUAUGCUGCGCUCCAUUGGUUGCACCGUCGAAGAUGCAGAAGAAGUUAGCUUCAAUGGUAUCAAGGUCAUUCCUGGACCUUCGAUCGUCAUAAAAGCCAAGGUGGCUUGCUGUCCUGGCGAAUUGAAAUCAGUAUUUCCUUCUCCGGAGAAAAUUAAGAUUAGUUCGCGGUCCACGCUUGUCAUUGGAGGCACUGGUGUCACGAUCGAAAGCUUGGAUUUGGACGGAACACUUGUGGUGAACAAAACGGGAAAGAAAAUAGCAAACAUGAAAGUGAAGAAUGAUGGCUGGGUUAAAGUUCCCGUCAAAGACCACGAUGACGAAAAAAUCCGAAUGCGGGGUUUUGUUAUUGAAAAGAAAGGAGGCAGCUAUAUUGGGACUGAUGACAGCGAUGACUGUUUUACAGACACAGACUGUAUGAGCGGCUGCAUCAUUGCGUAA